AUGGCCUGCUGCUCCACCAGCUUCUGUGGAUUUCCCUCCUUCACCAUGAGCAGGACCUGCGACUCCAGCUGCUGCCAGCCAAGCUGCUGCCAGCCAAGCUCCUGCCAGACCAGCUGUGGCAUCGGUGGUGGCAUUGGUGGUGGCAUUGGUGGUGACCAGGACGGUGGCUCCGGAGCUGUGAGCUACCGCACCAGGUGGUGCCGCCCUGACUGCCGAGUGGAGGGCACCUCCCUGCCCCCCUGCUGUGUGGUGAGCUGUACCCCCCCAUCCUGCUGUGAGCUGCACCAGGCCCAGGCCUCCUGUUGCCGCCCAUCCUACUGUGGACAGUCCUGCUGCCGCCCAGCCUGCUGCUGCCAGCCCACCUGCUGCCAGCCUACCUGUUAA